AUGGACGAGGAUUUUGAUAAAUUAGUGAACUUACAGGUGGUAAGCAAGGUAUGUACCGAGUUAGAGAACCAUCUGGGGUACAGUGAUAAUACUCUCGCAGAGUUCCUGAUCUCUUUGGUUGAGGAAAAGAGUUCAGCAGCUUCGUUCCAUGCAGCACUGUCUGAAAUGGGUGGUGAGUUCACAGAGACAUUCAGCGGUAGUCUUUAUAGAUUAAUCAAUAAGUUGAAGCCCAAGCCCAAAAAGAAUGAUGCAGAUGACUUUGAAGCCGCUGCUGAAAAGGAUGAAAAGGACGAAAAGCGUAAAGCUUUUCCUGGGCUCGCUUUGCAAGAUGAGGACCCCGAACUGACGGUUGCCUUAGGCUGCAGUGAAGAGAUCUUAACCGUCGUGGCCAUGCUCAGCAUCCAGAAUGUGUUCUAUCGGCCCAAGGAGAAGCAAGCGGACGCCGAUGCCAAGCGUGCCAAAUUCUUCCAACCCGAGGGAGACCAUCUGACACUGCUGGCAGUUUAUAACUCGUGGAAGCAGAAUAAGUUCAGCAACAUGUGGUGCCAUGAGAACUUUAUACAGGCACGUACGCUGAGAAGGGCUCAGGAUGUGCGUAAGCAGAUGUUGGGCAUUAUGGACAGAUAUAAACUCGAUGUGCUCUCAGCGGGCAUGAACUUUAAUCUUGUGCGCAAGUGCAUUGUAUCUGGAUUCUUCCGUAACGCUGCCAAGAAGGAUCCACAGGAAGGCUACAAGACACUUGUGGAGCAGAGCGUGGUCUAUAUCCACCCCUCAUCCGCACUCUUCAACCGGCAGCCCGAAUGGGUGGUUUACCAUGACCUUGUGCUGACCACCAAGGAGUACAUGCGUGAGGUGACUGCUGUAGAACCGCAGUGGUUUGUGGAGUUUGCACCGGCCUUUUUCAAAGUGGGAGAUCCAACUAGAAUGAGCAAGGCCAAACGCCAGCAACGGAUCGAACCGUUGUUCAACAAAUACGAAGAGCCCAAUUCGUGGCGUAUCUCCAAAACCAGAAUGCGCCGGAACUAG